AUGUGGGCCACGUACUCGAAGACCAAGCAGCAGCGCGAUGUGGCCGGCCACUGCUCCUGGACCAAACGUACCCUGGCGAGCUUCAACAAGGAACUCUUGCAACACAUUGACGCGGAGUACGGCACGGGGACCAUCUGGCUGGGAGACAAGGUCGUGGCUAGUGUUGCUCGUGCGCCACCGCAGGGGACCGAAGGGGAAGCAAUGCUGUGGGAUGACGAUAAGCCAGGGACUCGGCCGUGGGUGGACCUUGGGGCGAUCGCCAAGUUCUCGGGGAUCUCGAUGGUGGACCUUAAGGUGGUGGCUGAUGUGAUGGCUCAGCUGCCGAAAGAUGCCUUGCUCUCCUUUCAGGAAAUGUGCAGGGAUACGUACGGGUAUUACUUUCAAUGCUGCUCGCUGGAAGGUGAUGCGGAAAAAGGACUGCCACCGACAGCACUUCCGACUGUGCUCUCCUGCGACUUGAAUGCGGAAAUCGCCUGGGGCUAUGAUGACGAGGGGCAGGCUUCUCGGCGUGGGAAGCAGAUUGACUGUGUGCUUAGCACGGACGGAGACAAGCUUGCCGAACUGGCCAGGACGGCCACUCGACCUAGGCAGGCGAGGGACUGGACUCAAGCGCGCCACUUGCGCAAACGGGCGAGAAGAGAAUGGGAGAUGCAACGGCUUGAACGUGCUACUGCGGGAGAUUGGGGACAGGUGAAGUUGCUCAAGCCGGUCAAACAUAAGGGUUGGGAUGUGCAGUUUGCAGAAACACAGCAGGAACAAGGACGAGAUCCCCACCAGGCCAUCCACACACACCUUCAGCACAUCUACACAACCGGGCUGGUCAUUCCCCCGCUCCCCCCCUGGGAAGGCGAAGUGGUUCCCUUCGCUGAUCAUGAACUCCGUUGGGCCCUUCAUCGGGGCAAACCGAAUAAGGCAGUGGGGGUUGAUGGGACCAGUCAUGAGCUCCUGCUAGGCAUUGCUGCCACCCCCGGAGGCUUCGAGGCUCUGCUUUCCUUUUACAACGACAUCUAUCGAAGCUCCAGCAUCCCAGACGACUGGAACGUGGCUUUGAUGAUCGUGAUUCCAAAGCAAGAAUUGCCCGAUGACCCUGCCUCACUCAGGCCGCUGGCUAUGGGCAGCGCUGCAGCUAAGGUCUACAGCCGCCUACUCCUGGGUCGAACGGUGCCGUGGCUGGAUGCGAGAGAGGGGGCCCAGUGCAGCGGGGAAGGGCAACAACCUGCGGAGUAUAUCUUCGGGAUGGCCAGGGUCAUGGAACUUGAGGCUGAAUGGCAUCGGGGCCUGGUGGCAGCCAAGAUAGAUAUCCGUAAGGCUUUCGACAUGCUGCACAGGCCGGCCUUACUCAGCCGCCUCAAAGUCGCUUUGGGGGACGGGCCCACCUUUCGCAGUUGGCAGGCUAUGCUGAGCGAUACGACAGCGGUUCUCCAAACCGGUUGGGGAAGCACCAGACUCCAGCUUGAUCGUGGGAUAAGGUGGGAGGACAGACACAGAAUUUAUGACCAAAUGUCUUGCCAGGACCUCUUGUUCAUGGAUGACGGCUUGCUUUGGGCGGACUCACCACGAGAGGUUUCCAGGAGGUUGCAAGAGUGGGCGAGUGAGCUGGAAAAGCAUGGACUACAGCUCAAUCCAGCCAAAUGCAAGGUCUACAUGUCUCCCUACAGCAACCCUGCUGAUCCAGUUACAGUUAAUGGUGCUGUGAUACCCAGGGUCGACACUCUCGAAGUGAUGGGUGUCCCGCUUAAGGUUGGAGCCACGGGGUCGGACCUCAUCGCGCCCUUGAUCGCACGAGGCAAAGAGAAGUUUUGGUCGCUCAAGCACCUCUUCAGGGCACGCACGCCGCUUGCAGGAUGCCUUCGCCUCUUGGACAAGAUCGUUGGAGGGACAUCGCUGUGGUGUCUGAGCGCCUUGGCGCCGGAUGUGUCAGCCCUGGCUCUGCUCAACAGCAUGCAGUUGCAGUGCGUCGUUUGGGCCAUGAGGGUUGGCAAGCGCAGGGAAGAGGGAUGGCUCAGUUUCAAGCAGCGCUCGUACCGAGGUGCCAGACAACUGGUUUGGAAUGUGCUCCGAAAGCGCUGGUCUACGACGUGGCUGGAGAGGCACUAUCCCAAGUUGUCCAAUCUCGAGAGGGAUAUGGACAGAGCAGCGGGAGAAACAUGGAUCUACCGUGGGCUGGCAGCAGACAG